AUGAGCAGCAAGAACUUGGAUUCCAGAUCUCUGAUGCAGGAACUUCGUAGCUUUGAUAAUGAAGUUCCCCUCUUCGACUUCGGCCAUCCUCUUCUCAAUCGCGUCUCCAACAGCUUCCUCAAAGCUGCUGCGAUAGGAGCCAUCCAAGCUGUGUCCCGUGAGGCUUAUUUCACGGCUGUUGAAGGUGCGGGCCUUGAUAAUGGUGGCAGCAUUGUACCUGAUGUUUCAGAUUCCAAAAGAGCUCGUUUUCCUGGCCUCGGAGGAGAGACUAACAGCAAGUCUCUUGAGGCCAUGGUCAAGAAUAGCGGAAAGGAGUCCUUUCAAUGGGGAUUGGCUGCGGGAUUGUAUUCAGGUCUCACAUAUGGCCUAAAGGAGGCUCGAGGAGUUCAUGAUUGGAAAAACAGUGCAGUAGCAGGAGCACUCACAGGGGCCACACUUGCGCUUACAUCGGAAAACUCCUCCCACGAGAAGAUCGUGCAAACUGCAAUCACCGGAGCCGCCGUCUCCACCGCCGCCAAUCUCCUCUCUUGGAUCUUCUAACUGUGACUGGCUUUUACGUUAGGUCAUCUUGUUCCAUCCCUUUAUUACCCAUAUAACACCCCAAGAAAAAAGCCUCCCCCUCUUGUGUAUAUGUUGUUCAUGUUUUAGAUGAAGUUGUAAGGUUUCCUUUUGGAUUUUGUAAUCACCAUUAAUGACUUUCUCAUCA